UCAAUAAUAAACUAUAUGUUGAAUAUUUUAGUCAUUUUGAGGGCAGUGGAUCAUUGAAAUCGUUAUAGAUCCAAAACAUAAAAAGGGUUUUGUGGAAACAGUAAAAAUUUACAAACCUUUUGAGGAUUCCACUGGUUUUUAUUUUCUUGUCUAUUCUCAGAGACAAGAACAGGAUUUGAAAAUGCUUGCUAUGAUUAGCCAGGUUUUAUAAAUUAAUCCAGGUCUGCUUUUGAGAGAAAGUUGAAGAAAUCAUUAAGAGGUCCAAUAGAUUUUUACACCAGAGUACAUUAUCAUUGCGUCAUUAUCAGAAAAGAUAGAAACCAAGUCAGAGUGGAAGCUUCAGGAGAGCUGAGUCUCAUUCCAGUUUCUUCUCUAAGAGGUUUAUUAAAUUAGACCGAAUUAGAAACAAACUUUGCCUCAGUUGCUCUCGCAGGUAUUUAAGAGCGACGUCGUCGUUCCAGCAGCUUACCGCUCGCCAAUGAGCAUCAGCGGUACCGGUCCACCUGACGGAGAUUGUUAGGAGGAUAACAGGCUGGCUGUGAUUCAUACUUUCCUUCAGACGGUCAGAGGAGCAUCAGUCGGGCGAAAGUCUCCAGAAACAAAGAGCGACGUCUAAACCGAGAUUUUACCACAACUAACAGCUGACAGACCAAGAUGAACCCGCAGAAGCUCCCCGUCACCAUGUCCCUCUGUCUGCUGCUGCUUUGCACCCUGCUGCCCAGCUCUGAGGCGCGUCGCGGUCGCGGAGGCGGUGGAUUCGGUCGGGGCGUAGGAGGAGGAAUCGGUGGCGGCGGCUACAGCCGUGGAUGGGGCGGUCAGUCCUACAGACCCGCACCUGUCCAAGUCCAGAGAAGUGGUCCGAGUGCGGGCAAAAUAGCUGGAGCGGCAGCUGCAGGGGCAAUAGGAGGAGCGAUGGUUGGGUCAGCCCUGAGCCGACCCGGGUACGGGUACGGGGGGUACGGAGGUUAUGGGGGAUAUGGCGGUUAUGGUGGCUACGGGGGUUAUGGACCAGGGUAUGGCUCCCCUCAGUUCGGAGGCGGCUACCGUCCAAGGCCCGGCUAUGAACCUGAGGGUUCUGGAGACAUGGAGUACUACGCUGCAGCGUCCAGUGGGCCCAUCUACAACAGCAUAGUGGUUGUGAUUGGCUUUAUAACCUCCCUGAUGCUGGGAAACUGGGUGGGUGUCAUGUAGACCUGGAGGCCGAGCUGAGAUCCAAAACAAAAGUAAAUCAACAAAUUCAUCCUGAGAAUAAAGAGGAACGUCUUAAAAUUUCAUCUCCAGCCCUUGAAGAUUGUCAUCAGCGUUCCUGAUUCAUCCAAAAGGAGGAAGUCCCAACAUGACGUCAUCCAUCAGAAUGAGAGAAACAUCCUCUUCAGCAUCUCUGAACCCAUUUUAUUUAUGAACCGUUGCCACUGCAUCCCACUUUAGCUGGGUUCCCAUUGACCAUAUAACGGUUUUGACAUUUUGAAAAUAAAUUAACUUAAAGGAAACACACCAAUUUAAGUUUCAGCUCUAAGAUGAAGUGGGUAACUUUGGCCAUAUCAAAAUUGGUUUAUUUGAACAAAACUGCAGCGGAAACUUUAUUCGCAUCACUCGUGAUGCGAAAAAACAACCGGAUAUUGUGACUGGCAAAACCAUUAAGAAGACAACAGGAAGGAGUUAAAUGAUAAUGGCGCAGCUGUUUUUUUAAUGAUUUAUGGACAAACUUAUUCACAUGUGAUUUAAAUUGUUUCUUAUUUAAUGGAAACAUCUCAAUUGUGAAAUUGUGUUUUUCAACAUUAGUGAAAUAUUGACACAGAUUUGUGCUCAGGCUCAACCUACCUCACGACUUCAUCAUAGGAGAGCAUUUCAAAGCAGCUACACUCCUUAUAUCACUGGUUAAUGUACGUCUUAAAUUAUUUAUAGUAAUGAUUCAGUUGAUUCAUCUGCAUACAGUUCAUAUUUUGAGUAUUUGGCUCAUAUUAAGAGUGUUUUACUCAGUUAAAGUACUAAUAAAUAAUUUAAGGGCUCAUUCUCAUUCAUCUUGAAUGUUAGUGUCCUACUUUUGCAGAUUUAUUUGUAUAUAUAUUUAUUUAUAAAUGUCUACAUGUAUUUUCUUGUUUCGCUGUGUAACAUUAAUAAAAAA